UCGAAUGAAUAGUGAUAGUUUCAUAUUAUAACUCUGAUUUCUUCCUUCGUAUCCUUAUAAAAAGCCUUUGCUAGGGAUUGCCAAUCAGAGAUAUAUACCACAUAACCUCAAUAUUGUGAGAGAGAAGAAAAUUAAUUAAGCAAAAACCAGAAGACUCGAUGACGAUCUCAGCAACCAGUCCUAGCCCUUCGAUCGUGGCUUUUGGUGAGAUGCUAAUCGAUUUCGUGCCCGACACAGCCGGAGUUUCCCUGGCUGAGUCUACCGGCUUCAUCAAAGCUCCUGGCGGUGCUCCUGCCAAUGUUGCUUGCGCCAUCACCAAGCUCGGUGGCAACUCUGCCUUCAUUGGCAAGUUGGGAGAUGAUGAGUUUGGACACAUGCUGGUCGAUAUCUUGAAGAAGAACAGUGUGAAUACAGAUGGGGUGUGUUUUGAUCCGCAUGCGAGAACUGCGUUGGCCUUCGUGACGUUGAAGAAGAAUGGGGAGAGGGAGUUCAUGUUUUACAGAAACCCUAGUGCAGACAUGCUGCUCGAAGAGUCCGAGUUGAAGAUGGGUCUCAUCAAGGAGGCCAAGAUAUUCCAUUAUGGAUCGAUAAGCCUGAUAUCCGAGCCAUGCAGGUCGGCUCACAUCGCAGCCAUGAAAGCUGCUAAGGAAGCCGGCAUAUUGCUUUCAUAUGAUCCGAACUUGCGGCUGCCUCUGUGGCCUUCUCCUGAUGCAGCUAGAGACGGAAUCAAGAGUAUCUGGAAUCAAGCUGAUUUCAUCAAGGUGAGUGAUGAGGAGGUUGAAUUCCUAACACAAGGAGAUCCUGAAAAGGAAGAAGUUGUUAUGAGCCUGUGGAAUGAUAACCUCAAGCUGCUUGUUGUUACUGAUGGAGAGAAGGGAUGUAGAUACUUCACAAAGAGUUUUAAAGGAAAGGUUUCUGGGUUCUCGGUGAAAACGAUCGACACGACUGGUGCUGGUGAUGCUUUUGUUGGUGCACUUUUAGUGUCCAUGGCCAAAGAUACUGCUAUCUUUCAUGAUGAAGCAAAACUUAGAGAGGCUCUGACAUUUGCAAAUGCUUGUGGAGCAAUUUGUACAACAAAGAAGGGAGCAAUUCCAGCUCUUCCAUCCACCUCCCAUGCUUAUGAGCUCAUUACCGAGUCUAAGGCCAACUAGGCAAACAUAUUUCAUUGAGAAAUAUGAUUUAGUAGAUACGAAUGUCAUAUGUAUUGCAGUCUACUAAAUAACAUUAUCCUAGUUUUAUUUAAUUUUCACCCUUGUUCUAGGUUUUGCAUUUUGUGUAGGCCAUGAAUAAUUAAUAAGUAAUUUGUUUUAGUUUUUAAGAAUUGUGAAUCCUCUCUUAUUAUGAAGAGUGUGCUCUACCAGCCUUCCA